CGUUUAAACGAAGCAGAGGGUAGACAUAAAAGGAAGGGAAACGUUCUAGACUUUAGGGUUCGCCGCGCCAUCGGAAUAUAUACGCCCCCUCGCCCUGUCAACUGCGCUUCGUCCUCGAUCCUCGUCUCGUUGCGUCCUCUCACAGCGAUCUGAUGGCGUUGCCGAAUCAGCAGACCGUCGAUUACCCGAGCUUUAAACUCGUUCUCGUGGGUGAUGGAGGAACUGGGAAAACUACCUUUGUGAAGAGGCACCUUACUGGUGAAUUUGAGAAGAAAUAUGAACCCACUAUUGGAGUUGAGGUUCAUCCAUUGGAUUUCUUCACAAACUGUGGGAAGAUACGGUUUUAUUGCUGGGAUACAGCUGGGCAAGAGAAGUUUGGUGGUCUUAGGGAUGGAUAUUACAUCCAUGGCCAGUGUGCCAUCCUCAUGUUUGAUGUCACUGCCAGGUUAACAUACAAAAAUGUUCCAACUUGGCAUCGUGAUCUGUGCAGGGUCUGUGAAAACAUUCCAAUUGUUCUCUGCGGAAACAAGGUUGAUGUGAAGAGCAGGCAGGUCAAGGCAAAGCAAGUUACGUUCCACAGAAAGAAGAACCUGCAAUACUAUGAGAUUUCUGCAAAGAGCAAUUACAACUUUGAGAAGCCCUUCCUUUAUCUUGCUCGGAAACUGGCAGGGGAUCCCAAUCUUCACUUUGUUGAAUCACCUGCUCUGGCACCUCCUGAAGUCCAUAUUGAUCUGAUUUCACAGCAACAGCACGAAGCAGAGUUGGCUCAAGCUGCUGCUCAACCCCUUCCAGAUGACGAUGAUGAUGUUUUUGACUAAACUGUCGUUCGUUCAAGUCUAAAUUCUGCAAGAUGUUGAAAAGUGUCACGUUUCAUUUUGCAUCUCUGCCUUGUGUCUUUGAACAACUUCAGUUGUUUGAUAUGUCUUCUAGAUGAGAUUAUGAUAUCUUUCCAGAAAUUAAUUUCGUUUGCCCAGUUUAUGUAUUUUGUCUGUGUAUCAAAUAUGUUUGUUUCUGUCUAA